CGCCUGUCGAUCACCUGGCCCCGCCCCACGCCGGCGCGCCCCCGGGAAGGUCCCGCCCCUCACCCUUGGCCGGGCGGGAAGCGAGCGCGCGCUCCUUCCCGUUACCUCUGCCUGAGGGGAGGGAGGGGGAAGCGGGAGGCGCGCGCUCGCGAACGGCGUGCUCGCGUACGUCGCCGGGGUUCGUUUGCGUCCGUCCCGCCGCCCGCCCGUUGCCGCUGCCGCCGUCGCCGUCGCCGCGCUCUCGCUUCGCCGGGCCGCCGCCUAGGGGGGGUUGGGGCCGGGCCAAGCUACCACCGCCGUUGCCGGGAUGCCGCGGGUAUACAUCGGCCGCCUGAGCUACCAGGCCCGGGAGCGCGAUGUGGAGCGCUUCUUUAAGGGCUAUGGGAAGAUCCUGGAGGUGGAUCUGAAGAACGGGUAUGGUUUUGUGGAGUUUGAUGAUCUGCGUGAUGCAGAUGAUGCUGUUUAUGAACUGAAUGGCAAAGACCUUUGUGGUGAGCGAGUAAUUGUUGAACAUGCCCGCGGCCCACGUCGAGAUGGCAGUUACGGUUCUGGACGCAGUGGAUAUGGUUAUAGAAGAAGUGGCCGAGAUAAAUACGGCCCUCCUACCCGCACAGAGUACAGGCUUAUUGUGGAGAAUUUGUCAAGUCGGUGCAGCUGGCAAGACCUAAAGGAUUAUAUGCGUCAGGCGGGAGAGGUAACCUAUGCAGAUGCUCACAAGGGACGCAAAAAUGAAGGGGUGAUCGAAUUUUUGUCUUACUCUGAUAUGAAAAGAGCUUUGGAAAAGUUGGAUGGAACUGAAGUCAAUGGCAGAAAAAUCAGAUUGGUUGAAGACAAGCCAGGUUCUAGACGACGCCGGUCCUACUCCAGAAGCCGGAGUCAUUCGAGGUCUCGCUCUCGAAGCAGACAUUCCCGUAAGAGCAGAAGCCGAAGUGGCAGCAGCAAAAGCAGUCACUCUAAGAGCAGGUCCCGAUCCAGGUCACGUUCCCAUUCCCAGAGCAAGAGUCGCAGCCGCAGCCAGAGCCGCAGCCGCAGCAAGAAGGAAAAGAGCAGGAGCCCCAGCAAGGGCGACAAGAGUCGCAGCCGCAGCCGCAGCGCUGACAAGAGCCGCAGUAAGAGCAGAGACCAAGGCGAGGAGAAGAUCCAGAACAAUGACAGCGCCGGGAAAUCCAAGAGCCAGAGCCCCAGCAGGCAUAAAAGUAAGAGUAAAAGCAGGAGCAGGAGUCAGGAGAGAAGAGUGGAGGAGGAGAAGCGAGGGAGCGUGAGCAGAAGUAGAAGCAAGGAGAAGAGCAGAAGUCAGGAGAAAAGCCUCCUCAAGAGCAGGAGCCGGAGCAGGAGCAAAGGGGGCAGCAGGAGCCGGAGCAGGAGUCGCAGCAAAAGCAAGGACAAGAGGAAGGGAAGGAAGAGAAGCCGGGAGGAGAGCCGUAGUCGCAGCCGCAGCCGCAGCCACAGCCACGGCAAGAGCGAGAGGAGCAGAAAACGAGGUGGCAAGCGAGACAGCAAGUCAGGCAGCAGCAAGAAGAAGAAGGAAGACACCGAUCGCUCCCAGUCCAGAUCGCGCUCCCGCUCCCGCUCCGUGUCAAAGGAGCGGGAACGUGCCAAGUCCGAGUCUGGCCAGAGGGAAGGCCGAGGCGAGAGUGAAGAUGCUGGCACCAACCAGGAGACCCGGUCCAGGUCGAGGUCCAAUUCCAAAUCAAAACCAAACCCAUCAGAAUCGCGCUCUAGAUCAAAGUCAGCCUCAAAAACCCGGUCUCGGUCCAAGUCUAGAUCCAGGUCUGCUUCCAGAUCACCCUCCCGGUCUAGAUCUAGGUCCCACUCAAGGUCCUAACUGGCUACGACCACAGUUGGAACUACCCAAGAAGUUUUUUGUACAUGUUUGGUAGCCGUAGCACAAGUGAUUGAAGUAGACCACACGUCACUGCUGUACAUUUUUAACUCCCCUAAUGGUGUGUCUAUAAUUGUUAAAUCUCAGUGCUUCCUCUCCGUAAAGCCUCCUGGCACCAGGCCUUCCUGCUCGACUGAAAAAAAUCUUCUCUUUGAAACCCCCCUUUACUCACAGCCCACAGUAGAAUAUCCAAAACGCCUCAGCUUUCAGGCCUGGCCUUUCCUAUAGGAAGCUCAGUACCUGGAUGGCUUUAAGGCUGGAAUGAUGACAUAGGUAGGUAUGGUGAGUUCAACCAUUUUUGCCCUUGAAUUGAUGCCCUUUGAUGUAUGCCAUUUAGUGAAAGUGCUAAGUCUUAAGUUUCCUACCACUUUGGUUUCUUAUUUUUGGACCUAACAAAGUUGUGAAUAGCACAGUCGAGGAAAAUUGAUACCUGCAGUAACCCAUAGAAAAUAAACUGUAGAGUUCCAUAUUCUGGUAUUGUGACUAUAUUGUUUUAUAUUAAAAAAAAAAAAAGAAAAGAAUUUUUUUUAAUUUUAUUUUUCCCUGUCUUGCAAAGUAUAGUGCCCCCUGUUUCCAUUAAAUUUGAAUAAAGACUAUUUUUGCUUGACAAA